AUGUGGUGCGGGGUAUCUAUUGCCCCCAAGCUCCACAUCAGUAAGACGCACCGGAUGAUUCAAUGUGCGACAUUUGCGAUUCUCACCACCAAGUUGGAAGUUGCUAUCAACAAUUUUAAAGUGUCGUCCUGUUGGGAAUCAAUAAUUACAAAUACAUCUAUGGAAAUUUACAUUCACAAAGGCAAAUAUUGA